AUGGCAACCUGGCUGCCCAUCCUGUGCCUCCUGCUGGGAACAUGGGCCAUCCCUGACCAUGGAGGAGCCACCUGGAUCCCUGGAGAAUCCAUCCUGAGACUUACCAGAGGUGGCUGCCGCUGCACUGGGAUACUGGAGGUGAACUGGGAAAACCAAUGGAGACAAAUUUGCUGGGAGAGUGUGAACAUGGAUGACCUGGGUUGGAUCUGCCAGCGGCUGGAGUGCGGCCCCGUGAUCUCUGAGCCCUUGGAGCUCGUAAUUCCUGGUGGGAAAGGGCCACAGAGUCAGCCCAGGAGGUGCAUCCAGUCACAAAACUCACUGGGAUGCUACUGGGAGCUGGAAAACUGCACGGAGCAUGCCCUUGUUGCCUGUGGAGAGCCAGUGAAAACCACACCCAAGCCCACACCGGCACCCCUGUCCACCACCCUGGAGCCCAUAGGACCCCCCAGGCUGCGGCUCGUGGAUGGGAAUUUCAGCUGCUCUGGCUUCUUGGAGCUGCACAAGCAGGGGCUGUGGGGGACCGUGGCGAGCAUCCCGCACAUCCAGGCACACCUGGUCACCCUCAUCUGCCAGGAAUUGCGCUGUGGCACUGCUGGGAACAGCCACGGUGAGCCGGAUCCAGGGAUCCACCUGCCAGUGAAGUGGGAGGCAGUGGAUUCUUGUGUGAGCCAUUCCCUGCUGGACUGCUUCAACAGGACCAGCUCCCGAGGGAAAGCACCCACCUUCAUCACUUGCUCAGAUUCCCAGCCACGGGCCCUGCGGAGGCUGGCAGCCGGCCCCACUCCGUGUGAAGGGGACAUCCAGGUAUUCCACGAGGGACAGUGGCGGGACCUGUGUGACUCUGGAGCAGUGCAGCGAGACAGGCGUGGCCGGCAGAUCUGCCGGGAGCUAGGCUGUGGGAAUCUCACUUCCAGCAUGGAAAUCCGGGAGCCUCCCUCAACAGGAGUCACUUGUGGGGUUGGUCCCCUGCACCUCUGCCAGCCCAAGCUUGGGAAUAUCCAGAGCUGUUCCCGGACCAGAGUCGUGUGCCAGAACUCAAAGCCGCUUCCCACUGGAACAUCUGCUGGAACCGUCGUGAGCAUCUGCUUGGCCCUGCUUCUUUUCCUCAUCCUUUCCCUGAUCUGUGGCCCUCCUGCCUAUCGGAAGCUGAUGAAGAGAAUCUCCAAGAAGAAGCAGCGCCAGUGGAUCGGCCCCACAGGACUCAACCAGACAGUGUCUUUCCACCGCUCCAGCACCGCGCCAAGGCUUCGGGGACAGGGAGGGGACAACGACUACGCUCAGCCUCCCCAAAAGAGCUCCCAGCUCUCUGCUUAUCCAGCUCUGGAAGCAGCGUGCCGGCGUUCCAACCCUCCGGAUAACUCCUCGGACAGUGACUAUGACCUGCACUCUGCCCGCAGGCUUUGA